UUCGCUCCUUCAAAAAGCUCUUUUUCUUUUUACCCUCUCCCUUUUUCCUUUCUCUCUUUCUCUUUCUUUCUUUUGAUUUGCUCUGUACAGUAACAAUGAUUACUGGAACGUGUUUCUUCUCUUUAAAUCCCACAACAAUCCAUCGUCUCUCGGUUCUUUGUGGUGGUGGCGAUGGCAGAAGAGGAGCAUCAGAAUCCUUUGGCUGACGAGAUUCCGGGGAUCCAUGAGCUGAAUUGUCAAACCGGGUCUGAGAAUUUCGGGUUCUGCGUCGACCCGGCCGGUGUUUCUCAUGUACCGGGGAUAAGGAGAGUGGGUUUGAGAGCUGAGAUCGAUACUUCUCCGCCAUUCGGGUCGGUUCAGGAGGCGGUGACCCGAUUCGGUGGUCGUGGAUAUUGGGUUCCUUUAAAGCUCGAAGACAAUUACAAUGGUGUGGGAGAAUUUGACAUAAAGAGAAUGGAAGAGCAUGCGGCGGAGCUUGAGAAGGAUCUGAUAGUGAAAGAGCUGGAAACUUUGGAUGUACUAGAAGCGCUUGGAUCAACAAAAAGGAUCGUUGAAGAUCUGAAGCGGCAGCUUCAUCAAGAAUCCCUGAGAUCAGCUGAACAUCUGAGUUCAGACAUCAAAGAGAUGAACGAUGAGCAUUGCAAUCACAAUCCCAUGUCAUCUCCUGAUCUGAUCUUAUUGGAACUGAAGCAAGCCAAGAUGAAUCUUGGUAAAACCAUGGAUGAUCUUGUGACGAUCCAAUCCUCUGUUGAAUCUCUGAAUAAGAAAAUGAAAGAAGAGAGAGAUUUCCUUGAGAAGACACGAGCGAAGCUAACAUAUGCGUUUGGUGGAGCGGUGUCUCUAGCUGAGGAGCUGAGCCGGGUUAAUAUAAAACCACAGGUUCCAGAUGAAGGACAGAGAUUCAUUACGAACAACCCACCAAAGGAACAGGUAAAAAUGGUUGCUGAAACCGAUGAAAUGGGUUUAAACCAGCAGAACAAGAACUCUCUGAAAACUGCAGAGAUGAGAUUGGUUGCUGCUAGAAAAAUGGAAGAAGCUGCAAGAGCAGCGGAAGCACUUGCGAUUGCUGAAAUAACAAUGCUAUCAUCAUCCAACGGUGAAAGCGAGGAUGAUCAGGAAUUUUGCUUUCCAGAGCCUCCAAGAUCUCCCUUAACACCGAGAGGGCUAAGGAAUGACAAUGAUUUCUCCACCAAUAACAGUUCAAGAAGAGGAAUUUUGAAGAAGCUUGAGGAAGCUACCGAAGGAGUUAAACAAAGUAAACAAGCUUUGGAAGCUGCGUUGAACCGAGUAGAGAUUGCUAAUGUGAAGCAACUUGCAGCUGAGAAUGCUUUCCGCGGGUGGACAAAAGACUCAUCGAAAGGCGAUUACUUUACACCUUUGAAUCAAACCCGACGUUCGUUUUUCAGCCAUAUGAACAAGCAGCAUGAACCACUUGACAAUCUCCCAAAGCCUGUGUUAAAGUCUAAUGUCUCAAUGCGUGAUGUUCUAAGGCGUAAGCAAGUUCCAAAGGAAGAUGUUGUUGUUCCCGAAAGGCAGAGCCUUGAAGGGCAAAUCCCGAGGCGAAAUGCGAAUUUGAGUCAGAUGUUGAAGGAAUUGAAGCAAGAUAUAAAGUUUUCUUCACGGGCCGAGAAAGAGGAGGUACAUGAGGAGAAACAGUUUGUAACGCAUAGGAGAAAGUUUGGUUUCAUACACAUUACGCUUCCAAUGCAGAAACAGAGUAAGAAAAAAUCCAGCCUUUAACGAAACAAGACCUUUCACUAUGUUUCUAUUCUCAUCCUUAUUGUUUUUGUUUGUAAUAGGUUUUUGAUUGGUUAUCAUUUGGUUUGAUGUGGUGUGAUUGGUUUUCCUGUCUUUGUAUUUGUUUUCAAGAGAAUAAAUAUACAAUUAGUCUUUAAAUAAA